AUGGUGGUCGGAAAAGCAAUCGUGGCCCGGGAGCCAGUCCAUUCUCUGACUCCGAAUUGGUCACUGGAGGAAGUGGAUGUCCAUUCACCAGGCGAAGAUGAGAUCCUCGUUGAGAUGCGUGCCUCGGGAAUAUGUCACACCGAUCUUGUCCUAACCUCCAUACCUGCUGGGCACCUUGGUGUCGCAUAUCCGAAAGUGGCAGGACAUGAAGGUGCCGGGAUUGUACGCAGUGUCGGCAAGAAUGUUCAUACCGUCGAAAUUGGCGACCCGGUUCUGCUGUCUUUCUAUUCCUGCUCAUCGUGUCAACAAUGCGAGGCCUCCAACCCUGCGUACUGCAAGGAUUUCAUGAGGGAAAACUAUGGUGGCCAUCAGAACCGGAUGUCAGUACGGGAGAGUGGCGAGGAAUUGUGGGCAAGGUUUUUUGGACAGUCCAGCUUCGCUCAGUACAGUAUCGUCAGCGAAGCAAGCGUUAUUAAUGCCAAGGACCUUCUGGAGCGUGAUGAAGAACUUCAACUUUUCUCCCCAUUAGGUUGUGGGUUCCAGACAGGAAUGGGUGUCAUCCAGAACACAACCAAUGCAGGACCAGCCGACGCAGUAUUGGUCCUGGGACUGGGUGCUGUUGGAAUGGGGGCUCUUAUGACCGCAAAAAUACGCAAUUGCAAAACCAUCAUUGCUGUGGACCGGGUAAAGGAACGUCUUGAACUAGCCAAAAGUCUUGGAGCGUCGCAUACUUUGGAUACGAGCAGUCCAGAUUUCACGACACUCGAUGAAGCAGUCAAAAAUCUGCUACCCAAUGGAGUCUCCAUUGUGAUUGAAACUACAGGAGUGCCUUUGCUAAUCGAGCAGGGGCUCCAAUCUACUCAUACACGAGGUAGGAUAGUACUCAUUGGGGUACCACCGCCAAAAUAUCGCAUGAGCUUUGAUGUGGCAGAGCAAAUCAAUACGGGCCGAUCGAUUAUGGGAUGUAUAGAAGGAGAUUCUAUCCCCAAUAUUGCCAUUCCACAAAUGAUCCAGUGGUACCGUGAAGGUCGCUUCCCUAUCGAUAAAAUGAUCACGUUCUUCAAUGUUGGUUCCAUACAUCGUAAUAACGUCUCACUUCGGGAGAGCUAA